GUGGGCUGCUAAAGAUUCAUUGAUCGAUAAAGAUCAUUUAAAUUUACUUCCCUUGUAUUAUUAUUAUUUAUUAUACAUAUAUAUAAGAUCUCAAAUUCUCCCACUUGAUACUGACACAUUCAUUUGAAAUGUAUGAAGGAAGGCGUUUUGAGUAUUCUAAAAAAUUACACAUCAUGUAUUUUAUUGUUAACAUUAUUCUGAUGAGUAUUUGUGUAACAUCAGGGCAGUCUAAUGUCUCAUCAUCUACUGAUACUGUACCCCUUACCACCACCGAGGAAAAAUCUACUCCUGAAUUAACUACACUAGCACCAACCACUACUACAACAACAAUAACGACGACGACAACAACAACAGUGACUGAGCUAUCAACCAACGCUCCUGAUACAACAAAGGCAACUGAAGGUGAUAACUCAAAAGAGAACAAAACUGUCGUUGAAACAUCAGGCACCUCAGAAGUUAAUCAAACUCCUGAGACAACAGAAGAAACCAAACAAGUGAAAGAUGAAUCAUCCAAUACAAAUAAUCCUCCUCCUGGGAUUUUAUCACCUUCACAUAAAAUCGGUGAGGGGAAACCAUCAAAAGUGAUGGCAGGUGAAGAGAAGAUAGUAAAUGAAGCUCAGCCUGUCAGUUCAAAUAUGGAGUCAAAGAAUGAAGUACAACCGAAAGAAGAAGAAGACGAAGAAGCAGAAGAAACAGAUAAACAAACAUCCGAUGAGAGUAAUAAUAAGAAGAGUGAAGAAAAAGAAGUUUCAAACAAAUUAGGCGGUAAGCAAACUGCCAGUAAGGCAGUAGCUUCAGGUUUAUCAAGUUCAGAUAAUCCUAAAAUAGUAAAAGGUGCAUCUAUUACUAAUAAUGGUAUUUCAACAAUACAACAAAACUAUGCCAUGAUACAAUUGUUAUUAAGCGUGUUUACAAUGUUGUUAGUUUAUUGAUUACUGCUACUCUCAUACUGGUACUUGUACCACCACCAUUAUUACUGCUACUACUACUACUACUACUAUUAAUACUACUCACAACUACAACCACAACAAAAUUCCGUUGACUGUUGACAUUCAUAGAAUUCAUAAAUAUAUACAUAACACUUUCUUGUAAUUAAAAUAUAUUUAUUAUUAUUAUUAUACAUUUAUGUUCUCUGUCAAUUAUUAAUGUCCUAUGGGUUUGAUUAUUAUCACUAUUACUACUGUUAUUAUCAUUCCGAUUAUCAAACCGUACCAUCAGCCAUCCUUAUUCUUAUUGAAAUUAAUUCUGUUGAAUAAUUUGUAAACUUUAUUGAUCCAAAUACAUUCAGAUAAAACCCUAUGCUUUUCAUUCAUUCACUCGUUCAUUUAUUCAGGCAUUAAGUUUACUGUGUUUGUUAUCCAACUUUUCUCGCCUACGUUUUGGGGUGUGUGUGUGUGUCUACGUGUGAUCUUUUGCCUUUUUUCUUCUGUUUUGUAGUUUUUAAACUAAAUAACUAACUCACUAACUGAUUGUUACUCAUUCAUUCAUUCAUUGUCAUUCGAUAAAAUAUUUUUUCUGUUUACAAAACUUUCACAUAUAUACCAUAUAGAAUAAAU